UAUUGAUACUGUAGUUGGAGUCACUAAGACUCAGAACUGAAUAUAGGAGCGCACACACAUCGGUCUGAAACACCUUUUAAAAAUUUCCAUUCCAUUAUUUUAUGACUUGUACAGUUGUGUAUAUAGACUGUUUCUAUUUUUGAUAACGAAACAACAACAAGAUGGAACUUAAUUCUCUUUUAAUUCUGCUGGAGGCUGCAGAGUACUUGGAAAGAAGAGACCGAGAGGCAGAGCACGGCUAUGCGUCGGUGCUACCGUACAGUAACGACUUCUCCAGAAAGAAGACGAAAGUCUCGCCAAUAUCCAGAAAAACUCAGAACAAUAGAUGCUCCCACAACGAGCUGGAGAAACACAGACGUGCCAAACUGCGGCUGUACUUGGAGCAGUUGAAGAAGUUGGUGCCUUUGGGUCCAGACAGCACAAGACACACCACACUGAGCUUGCUGAAAAGGGCCAAGAUGCACAUCAAGAAGCUGGAGGAGCAGGACAAGAAGGCUUUAAACAUGAAGGAGCAGCUGCAGAGAGAGCAUCGCUACCUCAAACGCCGCCUGGAGCAGCUCUCUGUGUCGGGGUCCGUGGAGCGCAUCCGCACUGACAGCAUGGGCUCCACCAUCUCCACUGACUCGGAACAAGAGGUGGACAUCGAGGGUGUGGAGUUCACCCCUGGCGAGGCGGACAGCAUCGACAGCAUCAGCGAUGGCGAGGAGGAAGACCACUACAGCCUCCAGAGCAGCUCCAGCGACACCAGCUACACAGCCUCACAUUCCCACAGACUACAGCUGCACCACUGUUAGGACACCACCCGGCCACCCGCGUCCCAACCGGCUUCCUCACCCGUCUUUUCCCGCCCGCACUCUACAGUACUUGCUCUGACUAUUUGCGAACCCCACUACCUACAUUGGCUCAAUCCUCAACGGCAGUACACCCUGAUCCGGCUCCCGCGUUUCCCAGCCCUGGCUCUCCUGGAGGGAUGCAGGGCUGAAAUGCCACUCAAGCCUUCAUGACUCCUCUGACCACUGACCCUACCUCAGUCCUACUGCAUUAUACCUGAACCCGUCCCUCCUGACGCACCCUGCCCUCCCACUGCCCUCACAAACCCUACCCAGCGUUGCCGCAGGCUCAAAGAGCGCAGAGUAGAUUUCGUGGCUUCUGUGGUGUAGUGGACAGCUUUGACUUGUUAAUCAGGAUUUUGUACUGUGCGUGCGUGUGUGUGUGUGUGUACAUUGUGCGUGUGUGCAGGAGCAACUAACCAAGCAAGGGAGUUCAAGACACACAAACAAAAUAAGCUGUGUGUCAUUCUCUUGUGGCAAUAAUACACCCAGAAGGCUUUGCACUAGAUACGUGCUGUUAAAGGUAAAGCCCUUCUGUUUGUUCUGCAAUAUAUGCAACACCCAGACCUCAAGUUUUCAUCAGGCAGUAUCAUACCUUGAGUGUUUGUUUGACUGCUGCAAAAUGGCCAUUGCUCAAAGGAACACUUUGACAUUUUGGGAUUGUGCUGACUGGUCAUGUCUGUGUGUUUAAUAUGAAGCUCCAGUCAGCAGCUGGGUCCAUGCUAACAAUAUGCUACCGGCAUUUUUAAAGCCCACGUUUAAUUGUGUUUGUUUUAUUUGUCUAAAAACUAAUAUGUCACCACUUGCUGGCAAAAACAAAUAGUCAGGCACAUAUUAGACAUUUCUAGUGACAACCCGAGCUGAACAGUCUUUAUGCUUCGCUACGUAGCUUCAUCCUUCACACAGAUGUGAGAACUAUAUCACGCAACUUUUGCCGAGAAAGUGAAUUAGUGCAUUUCCCAAAAACAUCAAACUGUUGCUUUAACUUUCCCACGUUUCUACACAUGUUCAAUCUGAAUCAGUGCUUCUGCAACCCUGUGACCUAACGUUGGACUUUUUUUCCCAACAGCAACUUUUGUACAUAAUUACGUCGUUGCCAAAUGACGAGACAAACUGAAAAAGUUACAGAGCUGUUGAAGAGAUAAAAGAAUGUAAAUAGAUGUACAGUUACUGUUGAAACCCUCAUGUCUCCCUCUGGUUGGGUUGCCUAACCACUACUCCACACUACUGACCACUACACUAUACCACCCCAUGGUGUGGAUGGACUACUAUGUCAAAUGUGUAAAAAAAAAAAAGAACAUGGAGUUGCCUCACAACUAAAACUCUAUUUCUAAAAGAUUCAUUAAAAAUCUUGUGUUUUCCUUUACAGUAGCAAAUUGAUGUAGCAAUAAACAUGAGAGGCAGGUGCUUCCUUGGAGUUGAAUGACUCUGCUGGAGCGUGAGGUGUUAUGGGAGAUGCAGGUGGGUGAUAAUCGAGGUGAGACCUACAGAAAAUGGAGCAGCCCUCCUUUUUUCCACUAAUGGGUCUUUAUUUUUGCCCACAACGCCAUCUACCCAGAACUUUCAUCUUUCCACAGCUCUGCUACUAUUUCAAGCAAUGCUUGGGUGUCUGCGUUUUUGUUUUGUUUUGCUGUGAUUAACAAGUCAAAGCUGUGAAGAUGGAAAAGACAAAAAUAUACAAGAAAAAAAAUGAAUUGUACUCUAUAGCAGCCUUCAUGUUAGCUUACAUAGAGAACUAAUCACAUUCUGUUCCGCUUUUAAUUCCUGUAACAAGACUAAUCAUUUACUUCUUUCUCUUCUAAAGCUUCCAGACACUGCUGAAAGCCAACGUAGACAAACCUAUUCCUGACUUAUGCACUAUUAGGCCUUGGUUUGUGGCAGUCCUUAGAGCUUGGCGUGCCAACACUUUGAAAACAUAAAAGGGGCCGGUCCCACCUGACAGGUCUGACCAAAAAAAUUAAAAACUACAAAAGGCUACAAAAAAAGCUGCAUACAACAAAAGCUACGCAUCACUGAAAGUGAUAUUAGCUAGUGUAGUCUAUAUUUCUUGUAUUAAAUUUUGUAUUAUAUUUUCCUAAAUGUUCCAAGUGAGUAUAAACAUAUAUAAAUAUAGAUAUAUAUAUAUAUAUAUAUAAAGAGAGAGGGGCAGGAGGCCAGGCUUGUUUAAGGGAGAGUGGGGGCAGGGGAGCUGAUACACUGGCCCUUCUCCCUGUGGGUGAGACUCCUGCUGUCAUUCUGUGCCUUGGCGAGUCUUCAACCUCACUCAUCCUCCCUCAUCCUCCCCCCUAUCCCGCAGUCCCUGCUCAGGUCACACUCCCCCUCCCUCCCAGUCUCAUGCUCUCUGUCCGGGGCUGAAGGCUUCAGUUUCACCCAUUGCCAUGCCAAAACACUUCUACAAGCCACGGGCAUGUGAAGACAACAGCUUAUUAUAAAUAAAGAAAAGUAAAAUAAACAAAACCCCCCUUCAGUCUCUACUGAGAAGCCACUGUCCAGAUGUUUCCUGCCUACCCGUCUGCCAGUGCCACCUGUCACGAGGAGAGCAAACAAACAAGAACAACACACACUGGUAAUGUCCCUUGGCAGCUUUCAGUCACCCCAAGGUCACCGAUGGGGUUCACAUCGUCUGGGCCUGAGGCGCGUUUGUCUUUUUUUUUGUCAUUUUACUAUUAAAUGUUUGUCGACUGCGUGUUAAAGUGCGAGUCACUGGGAGAGGAGUGAUAAAAGAAUAAUACAAUCAAUGGCAGCUUAAGGUGUUAUCCUUCCCGCUCCUGGUGGUUCGCCCAAAAAUAGUGUUACCCAUGUAUCAGGGGACCUGUUGAGACACAGCAAUAUUACCAUCUUGUGCUUUCUGACGAAGGGUUUUUAAGACAAGCAGGUAGUCAUGCUUUUGACUCUGUGGUGCGUUGUUUUGAUGACCAACUCUUUCAUUUUGUUUUGAUGAAUUUUACCUCCUAUCUGCACUCUCUCCUCCGCUGCAGGAGGUCAAAAAGAAUUUCCUACACGAGACAGAGUUUGUUUUUUGUCAUUGAGAGUUUACAUUCAUGUCAAAGGAUUUGUACAAGACAGUCUGUAGCAGAAUUGUCCAUUUUCAGUUCGUUGGUCUAGUGAACAACUCCGAGAACCAUAUUGACGACAUGAAAUUAUUCUCUUGCACAGAACCUCCUAGAAAGAGAAAUGAAAGCUAAGGACAGAGUGAAUGGACUGAGCUGAGGGCCACAUAUGAGAUUAUAAUUUUUCAGUGGCAUCAUUGAAAAAUGUACAUAGCACAACUGCAGUGAGCGGCAGGAUAUGGUAACAUUUAGUUAGAAUUCUGGAUGGAAAGUGUUUAUGGAAAUUCUUUUAAUGAUGUGCCUUGAAAAAAAGUUAUUUUCUUAUAAAACAAAAAAAAAACUAAGAUUGUACCAAUUAAUAAAGUUGCUUUUAUUGUUGAACCCCCUCGAGAGGCAACAGAAGAUGUUCAUUCCUCAUUGCAAAAAAGGAUAACAUUCACGUCAAGAACUUUGAGGGGCUCUUCAUUGAAGUCCCAUUAAGAUCAAAGCGCAAUUUCAGAGUCAUCAGAGAGACGGGGGCUCGGUUUGAAAAAAAGAACUUGACUUCAGAGCAAGUGCAGACAAGGUUAGACAUUUGCUUUCAUGUUGUUGCACAGAGAUUUACUUCAGUGUGUUGGGUUUUUUUCUAAGAGCACAAAAGCACAGUGUGAUGUUUGGGGAAGUCAGCGGGCACAGAGAGUGAGGGAGGGAUGAAAUCAGGGUGAAGCACCGACAAAGGACGGCCUUCUGCACGCCAAAGUCUCCAGAGCCUGCUGACUAAUGGUGCUCAUCAAAAUCAGCACAACCACUUCCAUGAGAUGUUAAUCCUGCCAAAUAAACAGUCACUUUUGAACCUUCCACGUUGAAUGAUUAGUAUGAGAGUGUAGAGUAUGUUUAUGUAAUUCCAGGCAAAUAUCUUUAUUGUAGGCUUUAGGACAGCUUCUUACUUUCUGGACUCCAACCUUUGUUUAUUUAUUUUUUUGUCUUCAUUUUCUACUAUUGUGCAUCAGGCAAUGCUCUAAGCCCGUGUUCGUAACAUGCAUCUUGUUUUACGGCAGAGUUUUAAACCCAAGGACCCAGACGCUGUGCUGGCUGGGAUGUGGUAGCGGAUGUAGUAGAGGAUGACGGGGACUUAGUUUAGGUUAACAUACUGAGCAGAGUAAGGAGUGUUCUGUGCCAGAGACCUGUGAAUAUGUUCCUUUUUAGCAAGUAUGUAAUUUGCAUUCGGAAGAUGUUAUACGAGAUCCUUUUUUGUUUUGUGCGUACAUGUGUACACGAGUACCUGGUGCUGGCUACAUUUUGGCACACACUUGAAGGUAUUGUGUAUUAUCUCAUUGUAAUAUUAAUUAUAUUAUAAAAUAUUUUAUAAAUAA